AUGCCCUCACCACUCAACCUCAACUUGAUCAGUAAUGCCAUAGUGGCAAUAUGCGGUGUGGUCGUACUAGGUAUCUCAGCUUAUGUUGAACAUACUACCCGUAAAAUAGGAUAUACCAGUUCCACCUAUACCUACGAUGCUUUCGUGGGAGCAUUCACCCUAAUCGCCAUUCUCGCUUUGAUCGCUGUAAGAUACGGUAAACCGUCUUUUGCGUCGAUCGUCAAUGAAGUUACUUUAAGUGGAUUAUUAUGGAUCUUCUGGCUUGCUGCCGCUGCCAGUACAACGCAUUAUACCAGUGCAGACAGAGCAAUCUGUAAACACAUUGAUGAUCUAUUUGAUCUACCGGAGUUCGAAGAUGCACCUGCCGACGCUAUUGCUCUCGCUAAGAAAGUCUUCAAGUCUACCUGUCGUGACCUCAAGGCACAACUUGCCUUUUUAUGGAUAGGAUUUGUACUUCUGACUUUGACCACGGUCUAUCUCGUUUAUCUAGGUAUGAAACGUGGUAAUUCUAUGUGGAGAUCAAACCUGCGAUCAUACGAUCAUGAUGCUCACUCGCAUGCUGAUCCAUUUGCCGAUCCCGUGGGAUCUCAGAGAGGCCCUGUAGCUGGAGUAGUCGAUGAGGAUCCUGAUCAUAAGCCUUAA